GAGAGGAACGGCGAGGCACGGAGGGGCGCGCGCACAUGUGCGAGUGUGUUUGAACCAAUGAACGCGUACGCGCGCGCCAUUGGCUCACCAGCAGCCGGAGUGGCAGUGUGCAGACGGGCUCGAGUCGGAGCAUCAGGGCCAAGUUGCGCAGCACGCGGGCACACCACCGCGGCUCUUCCCCGAUAUCAUGGUUUAAACACCGUUAAGAUAGGUUGUUGUGGGUUUUAUUUAUUUUUUUAAUGGCGGCGCUGAAGUCGAGGUGAUCCGCUCGCCAGCGGGAGUAUAGUGCGCACUCCUUUUUUUUUUGUGCCGGGGCUAGUAGCCAACGCAGAUAAAUCCGCACUAUUAUUAUUUUUUUCUUCUACCUGCUGUUGCAUAAGGAAUCAUGACAACGGGACAGGAUGAAAGCUCUGUCCGUGUGGCAUUGAGGAUUCGUCCUCAGCUGGCCAGGGAGAAGAUUGAGGGAUGUCACAUCUGUACGUAUGUGAUGCCUGGAGAGCCUCAGGUGAUCCUGGGGAAAGACAAGGCCUUCACCUAUGACUUUGUGUUUGACAUGGACUCGCAGCAGGAGACCAUCUACGGUACCUGCACAGAGAAGCUGAUCGAAGGCUGUUUCGAGGGCUACAAUGCCACUGUGUUUGCAUAUGGACAGACUGGUUCAGGGAAGACGUACACCAUGGGGACUGGCUUCGAUGUCAACAUAGCAGACGAAGAGCUGGGUAUCAUCCCCCGUGCUGUCCACCACCUCUUCAAGGGCAUUGAAGAGCGCCGGCGGACCGCCCAGGAGCAGGGACGUCCUGUACCAGAGUUUAAAAUCAACGCACAGUUCCUCGAGCUUUACAACGAGGAAGUUCUGGACCUCUUUGACUCAGCUCGAGACAUGAAGCAGAAAUCUCACAUUAAGAUCCAUGAAGAUGCCAACGGUGGAAUCUACACAGUGGGAGUGACCACACGGACGGUGUCCUCCGAGGCUGAGAUGAUGCAGUGCCUGAAACUGGGGGCUCUGUCUCGCACCACAGCCAGCACUCAGAUGAACGUCCAAAGCUCCCGAUCUCAUGCCAUCUUCACCAUCCACCUGUGCCAAGUCCGCGUCUGUGCCUCUGACAAUCAAGAAAAUGACACUGAUAAUCGAGUCACCAACGGUAACUCUGAGAUGGACGAGUAUGAGACACUGACGGCCAAGUUUCACUUUGUGGACUUGGCCGGUUCGGAGCGGCUGAAAAGAACCGGAGCGACGGGUGAUCGAGCCAAAGAGGGCAUCUCCAUUAACUGUGGACUGCUCGCCCUGGGGAAUGUAAUCAGUGCUCUGGGUGACCGGAGCAAGCGGGCCUCACAUGUGCCUUACAGAGACUCCAAACUCACCCGACUCCUGCAGGACUCAUUAGGAGGAAACAGCCAAACAGUGAUGAUUGCAUGCAUCAGUCCAUCUGACCGUGACUUCAUGGAAACUUUGAACACAUUAAAGUACGCGAACAGAGCGCGGAACAUCAAAAACAAGGUGAUGGUGAACCAGGACAAGGCCAGCCAGCAGAUCAGCGCUCUGAGGACGGAAAUAGCUCGACUGCAGAUGGAGCUCAUGGAGUACAAGACGGGUAAACGUUUGGUGGGUGAGGACGGUGUGGAAAGCUUGAGUGACAUGUUCCACGAAAACUCCAUGCUGCAGACAGAGAACAGCAACCUGAGGGUGAGGGUGAAGGCCAUGCAGGAGACCAUCGAUGCCCAGCGGGCACGACUCACCCAGCUGCUCAGUGACCAGGCCAACCAGACCCUCGCCCGUGCAGGUGAAGGAGGCACAGAGGAAAUUGGAAACAUGAUUCAGAGUUACAUUAAAGAGAUUGAAGACCUUCGGGCAAAACUCCUGGAGAGCGAGGCUGUCAGUGAGAAUUUGAGGAAGAAUCUGUCCCGUGCCUCCAACCGUCAGUCGUUCUUUGGAGGGUCCAGCUCCUUUUCCUCCACUCUUCUGGCCCCCGAGAAGGAGACUGCUGACAUUAUCGAACUCGCUAAGAAAGAUCUGGAGAAACUGAAGAAACGAGAAAAGAAGAAGAAGAAAAGACUCCAGCUGCUGUUGGAGGAGAGAGAGAGGGAGGAAAGGGAGGAGGUGGUGGUGGAAGAGGUUGAGGAUGCCAGCGUCAACAAAGAAGAAGUUCCUGACAAUGAGCAAGAAAAGGGUACAGAGAAGGAAAUGACAGAGAGGGCCAGUGAGGACACGGAAAUGGAGGUCCAGGAUGGCAGUGACCAUGAGGAGGGAGAGGAAGAGGAAGAAGAGGAGGAGGAAGAGAUGGAUGUAGAGGAGAGCUCUGAUGACUCUGACUCAGAGUCGGAUGAAAAAGAGAAUUACCAGGCAGAUCUGGCCAACAUCACCUGUGAGAUUGCCAUUAAGCAGAAGCUGAUUGAUGAACUGGAGAACAGCCAGCGGCGUCUACACACACUGAAACAGCAGUACGAACAGAAGCUGAUGAUGCUGCAGUGCAAGAUCCGAGACACCCAGCUGGAGAGGGACCGCGUCCUCCAAAACAUGAGUUCAGUAGAAACUGGUACAGAGGAUAAGGCUCGCAAAAUCAAGGCUGAAUAUGAGAAGAAGCUGAGCAUCAUGAACAAGGAGCUUCAAAAGCUCCAGUCGGCCCAGAAGGAGCAUGCCCGCCUACUCAAGAACCAAUCACAGUACGAGAAACAGCUGAAGAAGCUUCAGAUGGAUGUGGCAGAAAUGAAGAGGACUAAGGUCCGUCUUAUGAAGCAGAUGAAGGAGCAACAGGAGAAGAACAGGAUGAACGAGUCUCGCAGAAACCGAGAAAUAGCUUCUUUGAAGAAGGACCAGCGCAAGCAGGAGCAUCAGCUGAAGUUAUUGGAAGCUCAGAAAAGACAGCAGGAACUUAUUCUGAGGAGGAAGACUGAGGAGGUGACAGCUCUGAGGAGGCAGGUCAGGCCUACCUCGGGUAAGGUGAUCCGAAAGGUCAAUCUUCCAGAACCAGUCCAGGACUCCUCACACAGACCCCCCUCUGGACGCAUGUACUCCUCCAGCAACAGUGUUCCCAAUGGCACUUGGUCUUCUUACAGGCGCACAGGAAGUGUUUACAGCACCAGAAUGGCUCGCAACAAAUGGCAGUCCCUGGAGCGGCGUAUCUCUGAUGUCAUCAUGCAGAGGAUGACCAUCUCUAACAUGGAAACCGACAUGAACCGCCUUCUCAAGCAAAGGGAGGAGCUCACCAAGCGCAAGGAGAAGGUCCUCAGGAAGAGGGACCGGCUGCUCAGAGAGGGGCCAGAGGCAGAGAAGACUGUUCUUCCCAUCAAUGAGGAAGUGGAAGCAUUGACAGCCAACAUUGAUUAUAUUAAUGACAGUAUUGCAGAUUGUCAGGCCAACAUCAUGCAGAUGGAGGAAACCAAGGAGGAGGGUGAUUCUGUGGACGUCUCUGCUGUGAUUGGUUCUUGUACACUGACAGAGGCUCGUUUUCUCCUUGAUCACUUCAUGUCAAUGGCAAUUAACAAGGGCCUGCAGGCAGCUCAGAGGGAGUCUCAGGUGAAGGUGAUGGAGGGCAGAUUGAAGCAGACUGAAAUUACCAGCGCCACACAGAACCAGCUGCUCUUUCACAUGCUGAAGGAGAAGGCAGAGUUUAACCCAGAGCUGGACGCGCUGCUGGGGAAUGCUUUGCAAGAGCUAGGUAACAUCCCGCCUGAAAACGGGGACGAUAGCAGCAGUGACGAAUCUGCCCAGAGCCCCUCUGCAGAGGGAAACACUCUGGCUACAGAUUUCAUGAAACUUUGUGGAGAGACCAAAACAAGGAAUAAGGCUCGCAGGAGGACGACCACUCAGAUGGAGUUGCUCUACGCUAACAGUGACUCUGCCCCUGAUGCACCUACUGUCGACUUUUCUAGUCCGAUGUUGCCGUUAGCUGAAACACCCGAUGCGGGCGGAGACAUGGACUUGUCAGGCUCAGUCAGGGACUACGCAGCUCUCUCCCCUGGCUUUUCCUCUAAAAUGGGCAGCAUUUCUGGCUCCAGAAAUCUGCCAGGCGUGGAAAAGCGAGCUCCUGAGCCUUCCCCGCUCUCGCGCAGGAAGACCUAUGACAAGGCACAAGCAGCGGCUGAAAGGGCAAAGGUCAAGGACAUUAAACAGGGCGUCAUUAACCCGGUCCCACCCACCAAGAGCAGCCGGUCGUCGACAUUACAGUGUGUUCAUGUGGCGGAGGGACACAGUAAAGCUGUUUUAUGUGUUGACUGCACUGACGACCUGCUGUUCACAGGAUCCAAAGACCGGACCUGUAAGGUGUGGAAUCUGGUGACGGGUCAGGAGAUAAUGUCUCUAGCGGGUCACCCCAACAAUGUUGUGUCAGUCCGUUAUAGCUCUAGUUUGGUCUUUACCGUCUCUACCUCCUACAUCAAAGUCUGGGACAUUCGGGACUCGGCCAAAUGCAUCCGCACACUAACGUCUUCUGGUCAAGUUAAUGUUGGGGAUGUCUGUGCGUCCAACACCAGCCGGACAGUCACCAUCCCUGCAGGAGAGAAUCAGAUCAACCAGAUUGCGCUCAACCCCAAUGGCACAGUCCUGUACGCUGCUGCUGGAAACUCUGUCAGGGUCUGGGACCUGAGAAGGUUUGCCUCUACUGGAAAGCUUACUGGUCACCUUGGUCCAGUUAUGUGCUUGACUGUGGAUCAGUCUGGAAACAGCCAAGACCUGGUUAUCACUGGCUCCAAGGACCAUUACAUUAAGCUGUUUGACGUGACUGAAGGCUCUCUGGGAAGCAUCAGCCCUACACACAACUUUGAACCACCACAUUACGACGGUAUCGAGUCUCUGGUAAUCCAAGGGGACAUUUUCUUCAGCGGCUCCCGAGACAAUGGCAUCAAAAAGUGGGACCUAGACCGUAAAGACCUACUGCAGCAAGUCCCAAAUGCUCACCGUGACUGGGUUUGUGCACUUGGUGUCGUCCCCGGAUCACCAGCCUUGCUGAGUGGAUGCAGAGGCGGGGUGCUCAAGCUGUGGCACACAGACACUCUAGGGACACUGGGGGAGCUCAAGGGUCACGAGAGCCCCAUCAACAGCAUCUCUGCCAACAGCAGCCACCUGUUCACCGCCUCAGAUGAUCGGACUGUGAAGAUCUGGCGUGCACGUGGUGGACUGGAUGGCACCUUGGAAGUGGUUGACAGUGUAGACGAGGUUGCAAGUAACUGAACACGGUACCACUUGCCUGGUUUGACUCUAGAAGGACGUAAAGGCACUCCUGCCCUGCACUUUGACCCCUUAACUAUCAAGCCUAAACGACGCACCUUCCAUAUCAUGUGACGUUCAUGACUGAGCCAACAGGAAACGGUAAUCUCAUCACAGUGGAAGCUAACGCAUUAGUUCUUUUCUUUGACUCUGUAUGCUUAGAGGAUUUUGCUAAUCAGGAUUUAGUUAACUGCAUUGUUAAUGACUUCUAUUUCUCUCUUCUUGCGCUUUAGACGGUUUGUCAUUAUUGUCAUCGUUAUAAGAACUUAUAUUCACAAGAUACUAUAGGAUGUGGUGAACACACAGUAGACACUAUCAGUGCAGCUCUGCUUACAUGCAGCACAGUGCAACGAUACAACACAGGCAACCCUGC